GAGUAGGCAACCAGCAGUUUUCCGCCACUAGAGCGAGAGGGACCAAAUCCUGAGGAAACAAGCACGGCAUAAAUACUUGAGUUGGGAACCCAGUGCUUCCAGAAGCUCGGAGCGCACCUUCUCGACUUCGCUAAAGUUGAAAAAAGGCAGAGCAGGGAGAGAGGCCGGCUCACCCUGCUGAGAGCUGCUCCGUGAGCAGGCGGGACGCUGUUCCGGGAGACGCCCGCGGGAGGGUUCGCAGAACCCGGCCAGCGGCAAGCGCGCGAAGGAGGCGAGGACGGUGCUCUCGGGGGCGUGGAGCCCAAGUCCUGCGAGGCGGGGAGGGAGCGGCCCGCGAGAGCUGGGGCUCCGAGGAAGGCGAGUAGGCGCUGCCUAGACAGCAUGCGUUUCUCCACCGGCCCGGAUGCGGGCCCCUCGGGCAACUCCAGCCCAUGGUGGCCUCUGGUCACCGGCGGUGCCAACACGAGCCAGGAGACCGAACCCUUUGGAGAAGGUAAUGGCCCGCCAAAAGACGAGCGCAACGAGGAGCUAGCCAAACUGGAGAUCGCCGUGCUGGCGGUGACCUUCGCAGUGGCCGUGCUGGGCAACAGCAGUGUGCUGCUGGCGCUGCACCGGACGCCGCGCAAGACUUCCCGCAUGCACCUCUUUAUCCGACACCUCAGCCUGGCCGACCUGGCCGUCGCCUUCUUCCAGGUGCUGCCGCAGAUGUGCUGGGACAUCACCUACCGCUUCCGCGGCCCCGACUGGCUGUGCCGCGUGGUGAAGCACCUGCAGGUGUUUGGCAUGUUCGCAUCGGCCUACAUGCUAGUAGUCAUGACGGCAGACCGCUACAUCGCGGUGUGCCACCCGCUCAAGACUCUGCAACAGCCCGCGCGCCGCUCGCGCCUCAUGAUAGGGGCCGCCUGGGUGCUGAGCUUCCUGCUGAGCACGCCGCAGUACUUCGUCUUCUCCAUGAUCGAGGUGAACAAUGUCACCAAGGCCCGCGACUGCUGGGCCACCUUCAUCCAGCCCUGGGGUCCCCGUGCCUACGUGACCUGGAUGACGGGCGGCAUCUUCGUGGCGCCCGUGGUCAUCUUGGGUACCUGCUACGGCUUCAUCUGCUGCAACAUCUGGCGCAACGUCCGCGGGAAGACCGCGUCGCGCCAGAACAAGGGCGCAGAGCAAGCGGGUGGUGCCUUCCAAAAGGGGUUCCUGCUCGCGCCUUGUGUCAGUAGCGUGAAGUCCAUUUCCCGCGCCAAGAUCCGCACGGUGAAGAUGACUUUUGUGAUCGUGACGGCUUACAUCAUUUGCUGGGCACCUUUUUUCAUCAUCCAGAUGUGGUCUGUCUGGGAUGCGAACUCCAUCUGGACCGAAUCGGAAAACCCUACCAUCACCAUCACUGCAUUACUGGCUUCCUUGAAUAGCUGCUGCAAUCCCUGGAUAUACAUGUUUUUUAGUGGCCAUCUCCUUCAAGACUGUAUUCAAAGCUUCCUGUGCUGCCAAAACUUGAAGGAAAAAUUCAACAAAGAAGACACUGACAGUACGAGCAGGAAACAGACUUUUUACUCUAACUACCGAAGCCCAACAAACAGUACAGUUACAUGGAAGGACUCACCUAAAUCUUCCAGGUCCAUCAAAUUCAUUCCUGUUUCAACUUGAGUCUUGAGUUCAUGCAACUUGACUCUUGUGAUUGACUUUUAGACCCAUUAGAUGAAUUGAGCUAGAAAUCACAAGAAAAAAUGUACUUUAUUGAUACAACCAUAAAUCAAUUCAUUGGGAACAAGACUGUAUUUCUAGUUGCAUUUUCACCUUCCUACCAAAAAGUAUAUAUUAUUUUAUACGGAAUAUUAAUGAAAACAUGCUGUACUAAAAAGUACAGGUCUAAUUCCUGGAAAUACACAGAAGUUAUAUUUUUAAAGGAAAAAGUAUAACCACCCUAGCGUUAUAUUUUGUUAUUGGUUUCUUUUAUUUUCAUUUCUAAUGUAAAUAAGACUUGAUGGGUUUAAAAGUCAUAUAAUGUAUGGCACCGCUUCUGAACAAAAAGAGCUCAUCAUCAGCCUUAGUAUUUAGAGAAAACGUCAGAGAAAUUAUGUUUUCAUCCAAUAAAAUUAAGUUGUGCAUCAGAAAAUGCAGCCUUAAACGGUGUCCUGAAGAUGAGUUGGCACCUCCAAGAGACACAAGUACCUAGGGCAUAAUGAGCAGGAGGUGGCCAGUGCAGAAUGAAUGGGGAAAGGUCUGUUAGAAACUAUCAAUUACCCUGCGUUUCAAAAUGGUAACUUUGCAACUGGCCACGCCCUUCUUUCGGUUCUUCACAUAUUAUUGGUCAAGGAAAGCACAAUUACUAAGAUGCUGAAGGUGAAAAGAAAUGUUGUUGACUGGCCAAAAAUAUCUUUUUUCCCCUAUUGUGAGGUUGAUUUAUAGUCAGAUUUGUAUGAGGUAAGCCAGAUUUUAUUAAAGAAUAGAAAACGAUUGCUUAAGGUACUCUGUAGACUUUAUCUUGAACUUGGUAAACAUACGAUGAUCAGUGUUAUAAGGGUAUCCUGUGCUAUGUUGGAUAUGAACAAGAUCAUCUUCAUGUUUGGUGAAUUCAGAUUCAUAGUAUGAGUAUCCUAAAGAGUGACUCAGGAUGUAAAGUGUCCUCACAUAUUUAAUUAAAACUAGCUUUGUCUUUCCAAUCUCUCAGUCAUCUAACACUUGCAAAGCAGAGAUGAGACAGGGUUCGAACAUGAGUGACAGAUGGAAAGAGAACUGUUCUGUGCCCAGACUGGCUUCUUCCUCCAUUAUUAAAUGCUUGACUUUAGGCACGUUUCUUAAACACAUGUAAAGCCUCUGUUUUUGUUUUUUUUUUUUGUUUGUUUGUUUGUUUGUUUUACAGUGCAGUUGAUAACACUUACCUCACAGGGUUGUUGUGAAGACUAAAUAAAACCAAAUAUGUAAAAAGAGCUUCAAAAAUAGUAAAGUACUAUACACAUGCUAGCUUUUAUUAUAGCCUUGGGAUCUCCAAAAUUGCACAGAUGUAUUCCAGUUUAUUUUUCAUUAACUAGAAUUGGUUCAUUUCAUGACUGGCAUAUACAAUUCUAAAAUUUAAAUAUAGAUCUGCUGAUUCACUGGACAGCAUUUCCAGUGACCACUCAGCUUGACUUCUCCUGCCUGACUAAAAUUUUCCAAUUUAAAGAUAGAACUUGCUUUUCUUUGAAUGCAGGUAGAUCAAAGCCAGCUAUGAGCAUCAUUUUUUCUUCAUUUUUAAAGGGAUCAAUUAUACCACUUUGGCUGUUAUUACAUUUCUUAUUAAUGAAACUCAGUGGUUUUUUUUUUUUCUAGCUACUUUGUCUGGUUUCUUCUUCUUAGAGAUCAUGCAAUGAUUUGAGGAUACAUCAUAAAUAUUUUGCAUCCCUGAGAGGAAGUAAUAGUUGCUUUUAAUAGUGUUAUUGACUUUCUUUUUUUAACUUUGUAGAUAAGAAAAUCGGAACUGGAAGGCACCGUAAAAACCUAAAAGCAAAAUCUUCGCUCCUCUUCAUUCUCCUGCCUUUCAAAAUUCUCAGCCCUUUGGCUCCCUGUAUUGAUACGCCUUAAAAAAAAGUUUCCAAAUGCUUUAUAGAGGUUAGCCCCCUAGGUUUUCAAAUUCUUCUCUUCAAAAAUAACAAGUCUGUCUUUUAAAGGGUACUGUCCAAUAUAAGCCAUCAACUAAAUUAAUUAUUAUUUGAAUUAGAGCAGUAUUUCAGUAACCCAACACUCUAAGACUGUGAGUGCUUUUGACAACUCUUUGAUAGUUCAAAAACUAAAGCCUUUUGGUUUGGAACUAAGAUGAACCCAUUUUUUUUCUAAAUUCAUUUCCAAAGUAAGAACCUCAGAACCUAUAGACCCUGCUUCAAAGUGUUGAUAUGUACCCCUAAGCAAAACAAUUCAAUUUCAAUGUUAUUUCUGAGAACAGCUCUCAAAUAAAGUUCAUAUCAAUCUACCCAGCUGUAUUUUCUCCCUUUAAACGUAUUGAGAGGUGAGAUAGAGAAAAUGGGCUGGAGAGACAUGAGAUCUGGGUGCUAGUUCUGCACCAGGCAAAUACAUGGUUUUAUUCUCUGCGGUUUAGGCUGAGAAGUUUCAUCUGUCUCGUUGCUAAAUUUUCUCAGUGUUAUGCACCCAGAAAUGGAAUUCACAUAUCUCAAAACAAUAUUUCAAAUAUGAAGGAAACUACCUGCCUAUCUAUUUCAGAAGAAGGGAAACUGAAAAAGUAUUCUGGGAAGGGAAGUUUUCCUUUUCUUGACCAAAGAGAAGACCUGAGAUAUUAUGCCAAAAUGACAGCUUACAGUCAAGAAAAAAUGUGGUGCAGUACCUUAUUUUAUUUUUCACAGUUAGCAGUGGGAAGAUCCUGCAAGAACACAAUUUUAAUGCCUCUAUGUGAUUAUUAGGAAUGUUAUACAUAAAAAGUAUCCAUAAAUAGAGGGAAACUAGUCUAUUGGGCAUUUGAUGAAUAUUAACUGAUGAUGGUAAAGAAACAAUUUAGAGUGCAUUAUUAAGUGCUUAAUGGGUUAAUUUUGGAGUGUAUAUUGUAAGGUGUAAAACUACUAGGCUUUUAUUUUGAAAUUUCAUUUGGAAUACAGUUGUGAAGGAAAUUAGUGAAAUUCUUGAGUUAAUUAUAUACUUGUUCUAUAUAUAGAAUUUCCAUCAUCUUCCAAGAAGUCUUAUGCCAUGAUUGAGGGAAGGGUGUUGUUUUAGAGAAAAAAUACUAAGCAGUCUUAAUGAUACAUAGGUCUGACAAGCUUACUACAGUUUCUAAAAUGGACAACCGCUAACGAUUAAGAAACACACUUUCAUCUGUUAUUACACACGUGAAAAAACCCAAUUAAGUUAAAGUUUGAUGUCUUUCAGACUCUGAAGCCUAUAUUUUUGUAACUUAAUUGGACUUUUGGAGUGUUAAAUUAUGGCUUCAGAGUUUGACUCUACCUAAAAUAUAGUUAGACGCCAAUUAGGGAGAAAUCAAACCUAACCCUUCAUGCCAAAUAUCAGACAUUAGACAAACCCAUGUUAAUUGGAGCCCUAUGGAUAUUUGCAUUGGAGGCAAUAGCUUUAUUUAGAGUAAGCCCAGGACAGGACUGUCUGGGAUGCUAGUUCUGGAAGUGUAGAAGCAGCCACUGUAUCCCUGCCCACCCCUUCCAUGAACCCUUUUGGUACCACUCAGUGUCAUUGGCAACAUUUGGAAUCAUAAGUAACAGAGGAGCUGAAGUAGUAGGUCCUUUUCUUCAUUAGAGAAUGACUGUUGAUUAGAAUUGGACCUCAGCCAAUUUGAGCCAAAAUUUAAGAACUAUUCAGAAGAAAGUUUUUUUUUUUUGAGUGCCUAAGACAGUGUAAAUAGUUCAAAUCAUACAAAUUGUAUGGUUCCAUUUUAUGCAUAAGCAUCUUAAGAAUAUUGUUUUAACAUAAUUAUUAGGCAUACUAAAUUACAAUAAAUGAAAAUGUAUAUGUGACCUGUAGUAUGUCACAUAUUAUUAUGGCUAAAUAUUAAAUACCCUUUUUUAUGUAUUUGUGUAUGUAUAUACCCACAUUUUUACAUUGAUUUAUAUUCUAAAUAAUAAUUAAAGUAUUAUAGAAUGAAUAAAAUAUUUUUGUGUUCCAGGGUUAAAUUAUUAAUAACAAAUUCAGGAGAGAAAAUCUGAGGAUAAAUUUGAUAUAAAUACCAGAAUAAUCAUUAUUAAUAUAAAACAGUAUUUUCACACUGAAGGUAGUUGUCUUCAUACUACAGAAUUUCUGACUUAAAUAUAUUCUAUAAUGCUUUAAUUCAUUACCAUAACAAAUGAACUAAGAAUUAAUGUUACAUCUUAGUAUUCCAUUUUUUGGAACUGUUUUUCAAAUGUUCUAUAUCUCCUUGAUUAUUAUGCUAUGUAAAAUAAUUUCAGUGUGUUCUUCCAGGGCCAAUUGAAUGAUUCUUAUUUUGAGUGGGUGUUAAAAUGUUUUGUGAUAAUAUCUAAUAUUUGGUCCUUUACAGAAAAAAAUGGCUUGUGGUACUAUUUGAAAUAACUAGUGUAUUUUUUCCUUAAUUUUACUGUGUGUUGGCUUGUUUCUAUAAAUAAAAAUAAGUUUUGGA